GAGGAGCCGCUGGAGAAGCAGGAGCGCGCGCGCGCACGUCACCUGCCCUGACUGAGACAGAAAAAAAAAAAAGAAACGUUACAAAAACUAACUAAAUAAAUAAAUAAUUAAAUAAAUAAAUAAGGGACCUUUUUUUAUUUAAUUAAAACCGAUAAACUUUUGGGGUUUCAUAACUUUUACUGUGUUGUCAGCGGCGGUUUUGUUUACACUUCAGUCGACCGAGCGAGAGAAGAUUGUAAGUUGAGUUAUUUUAAAUUAUUUUUUUUCUUGAGAAGAGACGGUUAAAAUCUUCAAUUUAACAAGCCAGUUGACAGGUUGUUGGUGAAUAAUGACAACAAAUGGUGACGUAGUGAAGCUGACCAGAAUUAAAAUUGCAAGAUACAUCGGUGACCUGCCUCGCUCCACACAGGAAGAUACAGCCACAGCUCGGGACUCACCCUAAAAACCUUCGUUCCAGCUCCACCGUUCAAAAACUAUUUCAUAUACUCUGUUAGUGAGCUUAACUGACAUCUCUUCCCAGCACCGGACUGUAACUCCGGUUUGUAUAGAUUUCCUCGCUACCUCCUCACAGCUUCAUUUCUGGACUGUAUUGUACUAUACCAACAUUUCUAAGCUGAUGCCUCCCCCCCACACGCUCUGUAGUUUGAUCUGCUGUAGUUUUUGAGACCUUUGUCCUGCUAAUCCUGUCGUUUUUUUUCCACCCCGAUCUAGUCUUGCUGCGUGUUUCUGCCAGCAAGCAAGAAAAAGCCUUUUUUUUUUUUCAAAUAAAUAAAAACAAAAAAAAAACGCUUUUUAAAUUCUAUAUAAAUUUAGAUUUAAAAAAAAAAAAGUGUAACUCAACUGACGGUUUGACUUCACAAUGUCACGCACCCUUUCCUCUCUCAGCUGAAGUGUUUUCAGCGCGUCGUAUUGUAAUAUUUAAACAUCAUUUCUUCCUCUUCUUGACGUUUUUAAUACGUUUCUUUAGAGUACGGGACACGGUUACACAGUUUUCCGAGAACUCGGAACGGGGAAAAGCCGUAUUCUGGAGAAAAAAAAAGAACGUUCUUCAUUGCAGCGGAAUCCCAAUUUGUGUUAUUUUUUUUAUUUUUUUUGGUAGUUCAGUUGUGCCCGUCGACAGAGAGAUACAAACGCAAAAGCAAGACCACACAACACUUUUGAUUCUACGUACGCUACUGUGACCCUGCUGCCUCGCUUAACUCCAGCACACCUGAAAAGAGACUGAAAGAGACUUGCCCAGUCCUUGCCUUGCGCCCCAAAUUUGGCUAUUACCAGUUGGACCCUGUACUGUAACCCAUCACAGGACAAAGGACUUCCUUCAUUGUUGAAUUGUUUAACAUCGGCAGUCUGCAAUUGACUUGCAGUCAGUAACCCCGUUGCAUUACACCGCACCACUCUGCGUAAAAUCUACACAGACUCCCAGAACGAGCAACAGCCUGUACCCUAAAGGCAGUUGAACUGUCCUAAAAAUCGGUCAAAACUUUGAACCAUUAAACUAGGGCUGUUGUUAUCCUGCUACAAUACGAAACAGCAGCCUCUAGCCUCCAGUCCUGCAGUUUUGUCUUCGAAACAGGACAGCUGCCUUGUUUUGUUGUAUCCUAGUCAACAAGUUGGUCUGUACGUUUCAUAACAUAUUUGUACCUCUGCACUAGACAGAAUUCCACCCCCAAUGCCCUCCCUUCUCCAGUAACCCUCCCCCCCCCCACCCCCCCGGUUCCCCAAUUUUUAAACUCGCCAUGCCCGUACCGCCAGAACCAGAGCUGGCCUGCACCCCCAUCCCGGUGCCUGCUUUCUUCAAAGAAGCCGAGUGCAGCUUCUCCCUGAAGAAACGUCGCCAGCCAGCCUGCUCCAACUCCUGCUCCGUCCUCUCCCGCUCCCUGCCCCCUCCUCGCCCUCCCGCCAAAGGGGUCCCGCCCCUCAGCCGCCUCUUCCCCAAUCGGGAGCGCUCCUGGAGCCAGCCCCGUCCCCGGGGGGUGUCGUUCAGGGAGCCCCCCGAGCGUCCCCUCUCCUCCAGCCACUACGACGAGAGCAAGGGGGAGACGUACUUCCAGCAGUGCUUCCAGUGCCUGUCCAAGCUGGGCAGGGGCUCCUUCGGGGAGGUGUACAAGGUGCGCAGCCGUGAGGACGGACGCUACUACGCGGUGAAGCGCUCGAUGGACCGUUUCCGCGGCGAUGGGGACCGACAGCGCAAACUCCAGGAGGUCCGCAAACACGAACGCCUGCCACCCCACCCCAACUGCGUGGGCUUCCAGCGCGCCUGGGAGGAAGGGGGCCGGCUCUACAUCCAAACAGAGCUGUGCCGGGGCAGCCUGCAGCAGCACUGCGAGGCCCAGGCUGAGCCGGCAGGAGAGGCCCAGGUUUGGGCCUUCCUCUGGGACCUGCUGUGCGCGCUCGGACAUCUCCACCGGCAUGGGCUCCUGCACAUGGAUGUGAAGCCCGCCAAUGCCUUCCUCUCCCCAGCCGGGCGCUGCAAGCUGGGGGACUUUGGGCUGGUGCUGGAGCUGGGAGAGGGGGAGAGGGGAGAGGGGCAGGAGGGCGACCCCAGGUACAUGGCUCCAGAGCUGCUGAGGGGAGUGUACACACCGGCCGCUGAUGUGUUCAGCCUGGGCCUCACAAUCCUGGAGCUCGCCUGCAACAUGGAGCUGCCCUCGGGAGGAGAGGGCUGGCAGCAGCUGCGCCAGGGGUACCUGCCGCCAGAGUUCACCUCCGGUCUCUCCCCGGAGCUCCUGUCUGUGUUGAGAGUGAUGCUGCACCCUGAUCCCUCACACAGGGCCUCCGUCUCCCAGCUCUGCUCCCUGGCUGCUCUGAGGCGGGUUCGAUGGAGACGCAGCCUGUCCCUGGCUGUGAGAGAAGCGCUGAGCCGCAUGCUGUCACUCUUUCAGUGGCUCGUGUCGUUGCUGUGUGGGGUCUGGCUCUCCCUCGCUCCCCUGCCUCUCCGCUGGGCCGGGCUGACGAGGGCCGGGACCCCCCCCCUGACAGACAGCAGCAGUAGCGAUCUGGAGCCGGACAGCGUUGGGGACGAGGUGUUUCAGCUGCCCUCCCUGCUGUCCCUGCAGACUGACGGCUCCCCGUCCAGACUCAGAGGUGGUGUUUGUUCCCCCUCCCUGCGAGGACGCUUGUCUCUGGGCAGCACCUCAACUCCACGCCGCUUCUCUCCUCACAGCACCAGCAGCAGCAGCAGCAGCUCCAAGAGGAGUGGGGACUGCACCCCCAAUGUGAGUGGAAUCAGUGAUGCCUGCUGCUCCCCUUGCACCCUGAUCCUCGCCUCCUCGUCCUCUCCCAGCACAGUGAGCCCCCAGCCCGCCCCGCCCAGACCCGGGUUCGAGCCCCGCAACCUGCUCAGCCUGUUUGAAGAGGUGUCUCUGGAACAGCAGGAGUGAAGAGACUGACUUGUGCAUACAGACACACACAGACACAAACAGACCCAUACUACACACACACACACACACACACACACACACACACACAGAUACUGCUGCCAGGGGGGAAAGGCAGGCUGAUCCAAGCUGUUUUAUUUUUAGGGGGUUUGUGGUUGUUUUUUUGUUACAAAACCGCUUAUAUUAAAAAAAAACAAAAAAAAAAAA